AGGAAGUUAGAAAAUAGUGAAGAAUUUUCUCCAUCUGAUUCUAAUAAAGAAACAUCAAGCUCAGAAGAAAGUGAAAUUUCAGAAGAUUCUGAAAAAUCAAGAAAAAGGCUAAGAGAAGAUUUUUCUGAUGAACAUCAAAAUACUGAAGAUGAAUUGUAA